GUUAGCGCUGUACGUAUAUGAAUAUCUGCUCCAUGUAGGAGCACAGAAAUCUGCCCAGACGUUUUUAUCAGAGAUACGAUGGGAAAAAAACAUCACGUUGGGGGAACCCCCCGGGUUCUUGCACUCUUGGUGGUGUGUAUUUUGGGAUCUAUACUGUGCAGCUCCAGAAAGACGAGAGACAUGUGAACAUUCAAGUGAAGCUAAAGCCUUUCAUGAUUAUAGUGCUGCAGCAGCUCCCAGUCCAGUGCUAGGAAACAUUCCCCCAGGAGAUGGCAUGCCAGUAGGUCCUGUACCACCGGGUUUUUUUCAGCCUUUUAUGUCCCCUCGAUACCCUGGAGGUCCAAGGCCACCUUUAAGAAUACCCAAUCAGGCACUUGGUGGUGUCCCAGGAAGUCAGCCAUUAUUGCCUAGUGGGAUGGACCCAACACGGCAACAAGGACAUCCAAACAUGGCUGGGCCAAUGCAGAGAAUGACUCCUCCAAGAGGAAUGGUUCCCUUAGGACCACAGAACUAUGGAGGUGCAAUGAGACCCCCACUGAAUGCUUUAGGUGGCCCUGGGAUGCCUGGAAUGAACAUGGGUCCAGGAGGUGGUAGACCUUGGCCAAACCCAACAAAUGCCAAUUCUAUACCAUAUUCUUCAGCAUCUCCUGGGAAUUACGUAGGUCCUCCAGGGGGUGGAGGGCCUCCAGGAACACCCAUCAUGCCUAGUCCAGCAGAUUCAACCAACUCUGGAGACAACAUGUACACUUUAAUGAAUGCAGUACCACCUGGACCUAACAGACCUAACUUUCCUUUGGGCCCAGGGUCAGAUGGCCCUAUGAGUGGUUUGGGUGGAAUGGAUUCACAUCAUAUGAAUGGCUCUUUAGGCUCAGGAGACAUGGACAGUAUUUCCAAAAACUCUCCCAGUAAUAUGAGCAUGAGUAAUCAGCCUGGCACUCCCCGGGAUGACGGUGAAAUGGGUGGAAACUUUCUAAACCCUUUUCAGAGUGAGAGUGACAGAAAGGAGAAUCCUUGCAAGAAACUUCAAUAAACUCCUAGUGGCAAUUAAAGAAAUGAAAAUCACAGUGCUUGAAAUGUGCAAAGACCAGCUUUGAUUUGUCUCCUUUUUGUGGCAAGUAUCUCCUUGCAAAAAAAACCAACCCAUUGUGAUGUGUCUACUUUGUGCAGGUCUGUCUUUUUUAAAAAAAGAAAAACUUUAUACAGAUUGCCCUUUCAAGCAUCUGGCAACAUCUGCUUCUGAUGUGGGGGAAGAGAACUUGAUGCCUAGUGCAUAAGGUCUAUUCAAGUUACUUAGUGUAAUAAACUAUUAUCAGCUUACAUUGCACAAGACACUCUGGGUAGGAAAUGCAUUUUUUAAUGUUGGCAUUUGAACAUCAGUAAUCGUGCAUAUUCUGUAAAUUAUUGUAGGUUUUGUGUAAGAAACCUUGUCACCAUUGCUUAAUACUGUAAAUUGUUUUAAAGCAAGAGGUGGCUUUUGAUUGUACAGCCAUGUGUAUUAUAUAGUACAGUAGUACUUGUCCUGUCAUCAAAACUUGCUGUUCACAUACGGUUAAAGCCUUGUUAAGCACGCUCAUUGGUUUCAGAAUGUAGUGCACACCAUGCAUGUAUCAGCUAUUAACAGGAACAUGAAAUCAAAUGUAAUACAGAAAAAUUCACCACGGUUGGUGUCUUUUAGAGUGUGAAGUUAGACUUUAGCAAGCAAGGGCUAGCUGCAGUUUUAACAGGUUUUCAUGCGGGAUAUGCAUCUGUGUACACUGUCUAGUUUAGGAGAAACAUGCCCCCUCCCCCAUAACACAAAGACUGAGUACAGUCAGACGGUGUGAAGGACCUCCUUGAGGAUGAAAUGUCCUUCACCACUGCUUGCCCACCUAAGGCAGGCUACAGGACUGCAAUACCGUACCUCAUAGCCAUUGUUCUAGCCUGCAAGAUUUCUUGCCAUAUGGAAAGAAUGCCAUAUGGAGCUGGUGUUUUCUCCUGCAUGCUCUGUACAUAUCCCCUGCACCGGAGCAGGGCUUCUAUCCCUCAUCUAUGAAGAGAAUAUCGACUUAAAUAAGACUUAUUCAGGUGGAUUUGAAGCAAACAAACAACCUCCUUGACCUGCCUCCCCCCCGAACCCACCCAAGCUUUCCCCUUAUUUUUGCUACUUUACAGAGUAUAAUCAAGACCUGAAAUGGUGAAAGUUUGUACUCGUGCUUGGAAAUUAAAUCCUGUCGAGGGAGGAAUACUUUAUGACUGGAGAACUAGUAAAAAAGCUGAUGGCAUGAGCCAAGAAAACUGAGCCAUUAAGAGGAAAAGGGAUUGUUACUCAGAUCAUUUAAAACUCUGUUUUUAUUUGUGUUAAUUAACAGCUAUUUAACUUAAAUGACUAAUUAGCAUUUUGAGUAAAAGGAGCUUUUGUUAAAUAUAUUGCACCUUCAUCUUUCAUUUAAGAUGUUAGGAGCUCAGAAUAAACAUCCUUUAUAUUUCCUACUGGCUCUCCAGAUGAAACCAAGGAUAAAGUCCUGAUAUUUCUAAGGUUAAAAAAAAACAAAAACCUUUAAUAAAAUCCUUUCAGACAUUCUUCCUCCCCCAUAAUCAGGGCAAAAAGAGUACAAGCCCAAUUUUUCAAAACAAAAAAAAAAUCCUUGCAGUUCCCAUUAAACAAUUAGGGGCAUCACUGAGAGAGAAUGGCUUCCCAAAAUUGAGAGUGAACACAAUAUUUAAACCUAAUUUUAAAAAGAAAGUAAAAUCCUAGUGUAAUGUUCAAAAUAAGCAGGAAUGUAAUUUGAGAAAAUAAUGAAGAAAAUUCAGAAAGCACAAUCCUAAUUCCAAACAACUCUGAACAAAUACGUUCAAGUGAAUAUAAAAUCAAAAUUGCUAACAUCUGGACUCUCCAUAAAUUCACUGUCCCUAGACAACCUACCCCAGUUCUCAGUACUUGUUCGAGUAGGUGAUUGCUUCUACAAAGAAUCAAUUUCACACUAACUCAGUUGAAAAACUUGAAAGUCCAAAACUUUCAGACACAAGUCUUAUAAAUAUCAUGCAGACUAGAGAACCUUGUUUUAGAAUAGAAAAUUGUUGUGGUGCAGAUCUCUCCCAACCUCAUUUGUGGUUGUCUUUUAAAAGCAGCUUCUUAAAUCAUUUCUGGAGGCCACCUGUGUUGACCAAAGAGCAACAAGCUGUCUGACAUUGAUUGCUUCAAUGAGAGAGACUUAGUCAUUUACUUUCCUACCUGCAACUCUGCAAAAGGGUUGUUUCCAGAAUACAUCUAUGUUUGAAUCUGGGCAGAAUGCUUUAGAAAACACAUCUUCUGUGUAAGAAUUCUCCUCCCUUAAAACUUGUUUGUGAAACAUUCCUCAGCUCUUUACCAGCUACUUCAAGUGCUGAGAGUUUUGGUAUUAUCUCAGAAAGCUGCAACCUUAUUAUGACUGUGAUGAUGCAUUUAUAUAUUGAGAAAGACCUGUCAUCAGGUGUCUAAGAAAGCCCAGAACAUAGCAUAAACACUGUGAAUCCCUCAUAUGGAGGGAAGCCUCCCUAUGGAGAGGUCAAUGAGGGGACAUUUUCAUGACUUAGGUAAAGCCAAGUUUUACCCUCUGGAAAAAUUGUGGCAAGUUAGAAAAGGGGCAGAGAUGUGGCCAACAGGUCCAUGAACUGUAUGGGUCAACUGACCACAAUGCACAUCUGGGGAGACAUCCCAGGGCGCCUAUACAUGAGCAGCAAGGCUGCUCUGACACACUAAUUCCAGCACGUCGGAGCAGACUCUAUUAAUUGAAUCUGCUGAAGUGUGGUAAUUACCGCGCUCCAGCAGCCUCCAGCGUUUCAUGUAUCAGCAUUCACACACUUCAAAAUGGUGGCAUGCAUGCUUUAUCUAAAGCUCAUUCUACGAACCUUAGAUAAAACGCCCCUGCUGCCAUUAUGAAGCAUGGGAACACAGGUACACGAGACGCUCCAGGCACUUUACUUGGAGUGGCUCUCAGAGCCACUUUAAUUAAAGCGCCAUCCCCCACCCUCCUGGAGCUUGUGUAGAAACGCCGUCAGAGAACAAGGGACGCUAUUAUGCCAGUAGUUUAUAAUAGUAAUCCUGGAUUAAUUCCAUGGGCAUUUCAGAGUAUCCAUCCAGGUUUUGGUUCCUAUACAGACAUACAAAACACAGUUUUGUGGCUUUAUACAAGUGUGGGGGGAAAUUUUACCUCAUAGCAAAACUCUGAGGAGUAGGAAUUUGCGAGAAUAUCAUUUGAUUUUCUAUUAUUUUCAAUCUGGCAUCUAGUAACCUGACUACCAUACUGUCUUAUAUCACGCUUUCUUAAUAAUUUUUAUUUGAAUAUUUCUGGAAGCCAUUACCCUCUUUUUAAGAAUGCCAAUAUUAGUUUAAGUAUGUAUUUCUAUUAAUGAUCUUUGACUGCAAAAGUUUUAUUCAUCUUAAAUGGCAUAUGGAGGUACCAUUAUGCUAUGUACCAAUAAGCCGAUUACAUUUGUUGCUGUUUAAGUUCAGACUAAUCUGGUCAUUGUAUCUAAGAAGUUAAUGUGUAUCCUUGUUUUAAAUUAAUUUUUUAUAGUAAGAUGUCCACAUUUCUCAGAAAUAAGUCUUGACAGAAGGGAAAAAAGUGGGCUGUUUCAUUAAAGCGCAGUGGUUUAGCUGCUCAUCACUUAGGAUUUUGAGAACACAAGUAGUAAUGGCAGUUAGUAUUUUUCACAGUAUUUGUUAUAUACUUUUUUCUCAUGCGGAUUUGGAGAUGAGGAAGUCCUAGGUUUUUGAUGGGUUAGUUCUACUGGUGGCCAUCGCUGCAUGGGCUGACAGACUGUCUUCAGGUCAUAUUCAGUGUUGGACCCUAGAGCCAGCACCAAACCAAAAACCUUGAGAUUUUCCUCUUAUUCUAGUUCCACUGCUAUCUCUCUAUUCUGUCUUUUAGCACUAUAAUAAUUAUUGUAGCACAAGCUCCCUCUGUAACAAGUUGAUGAAGAGCAGAGGUUGAAAAUAAGUGAAGCUUAUCAUUCAUACUGUCAGCUUCCUAAUGCACCCAACCUCUCACAGCCAGGGCCUUGAGAUGCAGUCUGCUUCUGAACUUGGCUUAUCACUUCAUCAUGCAGGAGUAGAUUUCAUUUUAUUUCAUAAGUCUAAGAGCAGCUGUAUUGAUAUGUUCACUUUGUUUUCUGAAUUGCAAGCCAUUCUGUAUUGAAAAUGAUUGUGCGUAUUGUCUAGCAAUGAAUGAAGAGUUGGAAAUAGCUAUUUAUUAUGUGCUAAUAUACUCCCUGCUUACCAGUUAGAUAUUUCAAGUACUGAACUCCAGCAAAAAAUGCUGUUCCAGAAUCAUCUUAAUUUUAAUAUUACACUCACAUGAGAAUGAGAAUAUUUCUCUUGCUAUUUCUGAAUUUCAGUGAUUUUUGGAGAAAAGAGGAAAUGGCCCAAGUUCGUGAUGGGAAAGGUUACAGUGGUAACAGUUAAUUAACUAAUUUUCAGAUGCAUCAGAGUAGCAGGAUCCAUUCUGUCUAUCAGUUGAUAUACUUCUAGCUGCCUUGGUUAUUCCACAUUCUUCCCUUGUGCUUACUAAAGCAUUUUGACAUUCUAUAGACAUAGAAGAUGACACAGCCAACCUGUCAAGGUGCAUAGAAAUGUAGCAAUUACUAAAUUACAUUAUUUAGCAAUCAUUUAUUUUCCGUGUUUAAUUUUAAACUUACCUGUAUGUAUUUUUAUUAUUAUUAUUUCAGCAUUAUAAGAACUUGAGAAAGUUUGGGCAUAAAAAAGAUCUUCCAUAUGUAGCAAAAAAAGAUUUAUAAUUUACAUUAAAUGUAAGCUUGUACCAUACCUUCUACAUUUCCUGUGCCUUUAAUAUAUGUAUCUUUGAGUAGGCAAACUUCUUCCCCUUUCUUUGAUUAUUCUAUUAUAUCAAAGAUAUGCUGUAUUUAAUAUAGUAACAUCUGACAUAACGAACAUUUGGGGCUCACUGGAUUAGUCAGAGCUAACAUUUCUCAUUUCAGAUGCCAUAUUUUUUUUCACAGGAUCAUAAAGCAAAAAGACAUCAUGCAGGCAUUAGCUUUUCUAUUACCCAUCCAUAUGACUUCUUAUAGAGAAAUUAAAAUUCUGUUUUCUCAACACACUCCAUUCUGCAUCCCUUGUUCUCACAAAACUCCAGUGACUUAAAACUUAAUACUGACCUGAGUAGGAAUUUUGGGAACACCGUGAAUGCAGGAGCAGCUGUUUAGCAGAAGUGUAGGCUGCUCUGUGUCUUUUCAGCAAUCAUAAAUGUAGCAUUUACUGACUUCUUUCUAGUGAAAACACUGAGCGUGCUUAGCACUUAAACAAGUUUCUGAGACAUGAGUGUCAGACUAUAUAAUUGCAUCUCAUCUAAUUUUGACACUUAACCACUAAUAUUUGAUGAGGCCUGAAUCUCAAUAGUAACUACAUGCUCUGAUUAUGAUAUACCAACUAAGAGCAAAAACUGAAAUCUGAACAGUCUGCUUUAGCAUUGCAGAUACCUUUAAAAUGUGACUGUGAAAAUAUUUUUAAAAGUAUGUGAUGCUUGACUUCCUUUACCAACCAAAAUGAUCUACAGCCUUCUGCACUGUGAAAGGCAACCUCUGCUGGCAAAUACAGGUUUUACACCUGCCCAACUUAUUAUCAGAAACUUCAUCCAAGCCAUAGAAGCCAUUCAUUUUAUUUGUGUUUGUGUAAUCAAAGCAAUUAGGGACAGAAACUCCAGGUGUGAAGGAGUAACUCUAUCCACCAUUUGACUCUUUUUUUUUUUCUCUCUCUCUCAUUUGUGGGAGGUCAGUGUUUUUUGGGUUUGUUUGUUUUUCAUUUUCUUAAGUUAUAGCUGUAUCUUUUUAACACAGAACAGUCUAAGAACUGUUAGACUGGGCUGAUGGAACAUAGCAUUAGAAAGUGGAAGAUUCACUUUGGUAAAAAGGUGUAACACAUGCCAGUAGGGAAAUGCAUACGCGCAAAUAGUUUUGAUACCAAGACUACAAACCAAGAUGGUAAGAGUUAUGUAAAGAUUUGACAACAGAAUCUAUCCUCCAGUGUUUGGGUUUUUAAACUUUUGUCAUUUAUAUUUUAUUUUGGGAGAGAGGAGCUUGGGGAAUGUCAGACCACAUGAGGAAUUUUAGAAAUAUAUCACUCAGCAAUCAUUUUAUAAAGUUUAACUUCAAAAUGCACUAUGAUUUAUUAUAAAAAAUAUAUUUUCUUCUGCUUGCAGACAUGGUUGUUCCAUUUUGUGAUACGUUAAACUAAGCAGUUAAUUUGGUGCACUGCAUAGCUGCAUGAAUUCAUCACGUGUACAUACAUACCUGUGCAGCAUUAUUUUGGGUUUUGUAUUUGAAUUUGCAGUAUUGAUUAUUUUUGUAUUUACUUUGCCUCUGUUAUUGGAAUUGUAGUAAACAUAAUUUAUACAUAUGAUUUUACAACUGUUUUGCAACUGAGAAGUCUUCUUUAAAUUGUAAAGUUUUAUUGAUGGAAACUCAUUAAAAUGGUAUAAGAAUUAUAUUAACAAUUGUUUUGUGUUUUGAUGCUCUCUGUACAUAAAUAUAUGUCUAUUUAUCUGUUUAAUGGUGCUUGUGUCUUGCAAUUUUGGAUACAUUUUAGAAUAAAGUUUCAUUUUACAAGAAUAAGUUGUAUUUUCAAAAGCUGUGUCAAAAUAACAUUUUUUUCAAGGAAAAACUAAAGUAAUAACCUCUUUAACCUCAGAACCUCAUUAAUGUCAAGAAGUAAAAAAUGUGCUUCAAUAAUAUGGAAGAGUCUACUACUAAACGGGCAUUAUUAUAUGUACUGAUUUAUUUAAAGAAUUGAUGUCCAAUAGCUAACCCAUCACCCAAAAGAUCCAUUGUAAUAAUGUGUCCUGCAUCUGCUGAAUCCAUCAGUAAUACACAGUUUUUAAAGGCUUUCUAUACUUGUGAUAAUGUCAUGCUUAUCAUUUUUACUGUAAUUUUCCCAAGGCAUAGUAGAACUUUCUGAUCCCAUUUAUAUAUAUUUAAAUAUU